UUAAUUACCAUAAUUACUCCUCGCGAAUGUGAAUUAUGUAUAAACAAUAACAUUUUCAGAUAAUUAAAGCGUGAAUAGCAAGAAAUAAGGUACUUUAAGUGGUAAUUGCGAAAAACCGCGUGUUUAUAUAUGUAGUGGGCAUAUUUCAACGCACAAACUGAUUUGAAGUUUACUUGUGGAAAUACGAAAAAAAUGUUUCGCUUAUCCUUAAUCGCUUUAGCAGGAUUGCUGAUUUUAAAAUGCGCCGCAGAUCCUCUAGCAGAAGUCGUCGGAGGUAAUACAAAAUUUACUGCUGAUGUCUACAAGAAACUGAUUCAAACCAAAAACGGCAACAUAAUUUUGAGCGGACUGUCCGCCGAAAUAAUCCUCUCCCUGCUGACGAGCGGCGCCAAAGGUCAAACCCAGCAGGAGCUCGUCAACGCCCUCAAUUUACCGGCCAAGCAAAAAGACCGCGACGACGCUUUCUCCCAAAUCACCACGUCCCUGAACAUCAACACCGACGACCUCAAACUGCUAUCAGCCAACAAAUUGUACCCGGACGUGAAAUUCACCAUCGCCGGCAAAUUCAACCAAACGGCCGUCCAAGUUUACAAAUCCGACGUAGAGUCUAUAGACUACACAAAUCCACAAGCAGCCUCGGAAACUAUAAACUCCUGGGUGGCCGGGCGAACCAACAACAAAAUCCAGAAUCUAAUCGACAGCAAGAACCUGGGUCCAGACACGGUUCUGGUUUUGGUCAACGCCCUGUACUUGCUGGCCAAAUGGCAACAGCCCUUCGAGAAGCACAACACGAUGAAACGGCCGUUCUACACCAGCCAAACUUCAUCGAAGUCUAUAGACACCAUGUACACCGAGAAGCACGUGAAAUAUUCACAUUGCUCGGCGAUGAAGGCCAAAUUCCUGGAGCUUGAUUUCCAAGGAGAUAAAGUCAGCAUGGUGUUCGUGCUGCCGGACGAGAGGACAGGGCUGAGCGCCGUGGAGGAGAAUAUUGAGCAAUAUCUUGCUCCUCAGAACUAUGAUAAUGCUUACGUUGCCAUCACUUUGCCCAAGUUCCAGAUCAAUACGGAUAUUGAUUUUACCAAGAUAUUGCAACAGUUGGGCGUUACAACUGCAUUUUCGAAUUCCGCUGAUCUGUCAGGAAUAUCGAAAAAUCUUGGCCUUAAGGUCAGUUUCGUAGUGCAGAAAGCCUUCAUAAAUGUGACGGAAAGCGGAGUAGAGGCCGCUGCUGCCACAGGAGUUGGCGUUUCCAAAUUAAGUCUUCCAUCUAAGCCGGAAUUAUCCUUCAAAGCCGAUCAUCCCUUCAUUUAUUACAUAACGGAUAAAUCAUCAGGAAUAGUAUUAUUCGCAGGACGAUUCAACGGUUUCGAUUAGCACCUCAAUAUUUUUAUAUUGUAACUUUAUCAUUAAUUUGUAUUAUAUUUAGGCCACUAUCUGUUUUUUAUUUAGGAAUUUACAUGUAGAUGAGUACUUUAUUCGUAAAGUUAAUUUUUUUCUAGUGCCAAUUGACAUUGAAAUACAGUUUGUGAGGUACUAUAUCGGGUAUCUAAUUAUAAAUUUUCGAAAAUAAUAUUUCGUCAAUUCCUAUGAUAAUCUUCGAAAGUAAAUAUGUACCCACUCUGUUUCAAGUGUAUGUACAGCGAAUAUGCUAUUUUGAAAGCACACAUUUUCCAUCAAGAGUUAUUUGAAACCUAAAAAAAUGAACCUUGGGUCUUAGAAUUAUUUAAAUAUGAUUAUUUUAAAUUUAAUUUCUGUUUUCAGUGGGAGUUGUUCUAACGUCUGUAGGUCAAAAGCCGACGAUUUUAUUUAAAGCCGACCAUCCCUUCCUUUUUUACAUCAAAGACAGUACUACAGGAUUGGUUUUAUUCGCAGGAAAAUUCACCGGCUAAAAUAAUGAAGCAAAUUUUCAUCCUACAAAGUUAUAUCCAAGUGUUGUUGCAAUAAAAUUACAUUAAAAUACAUCAUAUUUAAGUACAAAUUUUAUAGCUAAAGCUUGGAAAAUAUGCACUAAACAUUGUAAAAUAUGCAUGCAAAUAUGCUCUAAAAACGUUCAAAAUAUGCACUUAUUUAAUGCAUUUUUAUGCUCGAUGAAAAAUAAAGAAACAACCAGAUAUUAAAUAAUUUAUUAUUUAAUUUAUUAAAACAUGUAGGUACACAAACAAUGCCGACAAUCAGACUAUAUUGCUU